GUUUCGGGAAGACACAGUGUAGGGUAUAGAGACGGUGAAUGCUGAUAAAUGACGGUCAAACUAUCGCUGUCAUUGUCAUAACCUCCAUUCCCCUCUCUAACCUUCACGCUGCUAUCCUGAACCAGACAAUAUGUUUCUCAUCGUGGUCGCCAUCGUGGCCCUGAUUUUGGCCCUCUAUCUCUACCAUGUCAAUCGUGGAAUGACCCUAGUUCCUGACGAGGCACUCAAAUUCUCACCUCAUCGCUGGACCGCUGAAGAAGUCAGGAAAGCCUAUGAGCGAAACACUGACACUUCCGUCGACGUGACCCAGCAUCUGCCCCCCAGACAAAAUCGUCGCUAUGUCGUUGUUGGUGGAUCAGGCCUCGUGGGCAACUGGAUCGUCACUCAUCUCCUAGCCCGUGGUGAAACCCCAGCAGCAAUCCGCAUCCUGGACCUCCAAGCACCUCGCCAACAAGCCCUAGACCAGGGUGCUGCCUUCAUCAAGACCAACAUCACAGACAAGAUAGCUGUGUUUAACGCCUUCACGCAAUCCUGGCCCAGCAAAGACAUUGAGCAGCUCCCACUAACCGUCUACCACACUGCAGCCGUCAUCCGCCCAGCAGAGCGCCACAAGGCCCUACUUCACCUCUGUACUACAGUCAACGUUGACGGAACCCGCAAUGUACUUGAAGCUGCAAAUGCCACUGGCGCGAGUUGCUUCAUCGCCACGUCGUCCGGCUCUGCGGGACUGCGACGAGCGUCAUUCUGGAUUCCGCCAUGGAUUAGCACGCCAAAGCGUCUGGUUCAGGUGUUGAGUGUUAAAGCCGGUGAUCAGCCCAAGGAGCACGACCAAUUCUUUGGAAACUACGCUGCGUCCAAGUACCAAGCGGAGAAUUUGGUUCGUGCUGCGGAUGGCGUGGAGUCGGGUCUCAGGACGGGCUGUAUUCGUCCUGCGAAUGGUAUCUACGGCAUUGGUGCGGAUGGCAGUGGCAGUAUUAUUGGACUUUACUUGCGAAGUGGUGGUAAUCCUACAUGGACAGCCCCCAUCAUCCAGAACUUCGUCAACGCCGAAAACGUCUCCAUCGCCCAUCUCCUCUACGAACAGCAGCUCGUUUCUCCAAUUUCAGAGGACAUUGACAUCGGGGGCCAGUAUUUCGUUGUUACAGACCCCAACCCUCCUGUCACCUUCAGCGACGUCUAUCUCCUGCUCACCACGCUCUCCAAAACGCCCAUGAACUUCACUUACGUCUCCGCGGUCCCACUAUUCCUCAUAUCGUAUGCUGUUGAGCUAUAUGCCCUCAUUCAUUACCGUUAUUUGUCGUGGCUGCUACCAUCCCUGUCCUGGGACCUGGCGCAAUUGCAGCCUGCUUUGUUUUCUGUAUCUAAUGUGCACACUAUUGCGGAUGAUUCGCAUGCACGGUUGAAGCCGGAACAGGGUGGAUUGGGGUAUUCUGCGCCCAUUAACACGCUGGAUGGGAUGUGUAAAGAGGUGGAAGCGUGGAAUCGCAAUGUCGCCAAAGAUGCGUGAUUGGGGAUUGCAAAGGGGAUGAAACGUUGGAUGACUUCCUAAUGAAAACACCAUGUAUUCUAUGGAUACCAACUAAGUGCAUACAAAGAUCAAAAUAGUAUUGAGAGGUAUCUAAUUUAG